AUGGAGCAAAUCACACUCGAAGGUGUACUUUCGCACGCUGUCCUCGAUAACAUCUCAAACUUCUGGUUCCGUCAUCUAGAAUUCGAACACGUCAUCGUUCCUGGCAUCGAAGAUGUAACGCCAUGGUUCUCGCAAAGUGAUGCAUACGAUCAGGAAUGCCUUGACAAGUUCGGUGCUCUGCUGGGGCUGAUAAAACUGAUCCAGCCACGUAGUGCGGAUAUCAUAGCUGCCGCGAAACCAUGCACGCCUUUACACUGGAUCAGUUUGAUCAUACUUCUAGAUCAGCUUCCAAGAAAUUGCUUUAGAGGCGCGAAAACUAGAAUAGUUUUUACGUUGUUUGACAAAUUAGCGCUCGAAGUUGCUACUCAAGCACUCAAACUUGGUAUACCGACAGAGGAACAAGUCCGCUUCGAGUUGGUUUAUCGAUUUUGGUUCUACAUACCAAUGGAGCACUCAGAGAGGCUAGAGGUACAAGAGUCGCUAGCAGAAGCUCAUUCUGACAUGUGGCAUGAUUACGAGAUGCUGCUAGAGGAAUCUGUAGACAGAUGGGAUAGUACCUUGGCGCAAUACCGCGGGGUGCUUGUGAGGCGAAAGGAUAGUUUCGAACAGUUCAGAAGUACUAUGCAGGGUAUCUGUGAGAGUAAGAAGAAUGUAUUGGAUCGUUUUGGGCGAUUUCCUCAGCGCAACGACACUUUGGGUCGACCCUCUACUCUGGAAGAGAUACAGUGGCUGAAAGAAAGUUGA